AUGGAAACAUCUCGUCGCCCCUAUCUGAAGGAUCUCGCCCACCGCGGCGUCAUCCAGGGUGCCACGAUCUCACCCACUGGAGAGAAUUCAGAUUUCUGCCACUACUUUGGCGGCGUUCGAUACGCUCUCCCUCCCCUCCAGCGAUGGCGACGAGCUCGCCGAUUGCCGUCGACCUUCACCUACGGCACUCAGCAAUCGCCCGGUCAGUGCGACAGCGGAGCGGGGUUAUGUCCGCAACCCGGCUUCCUGCAGCUCUCACCUGAGAACCCGGACGCCUGGACGGAGGACUGCUUCCAGUGUAAUGUUUGGGUUCCAACAGGCGAGGCCCCCAAAGGUGGAUGGCCUGUGUUUGUUUUCAUUCAUGGCGGUUGGCUCCAAUUCGGCUCUCCAAAUGGCUUUAAUGCAGGAGCCUUGCUAGGCGAAGCGGAUUUCAAUGCUGUGGUUGUCAUGCCUGCAUAUCGCGUGAAUCUCUUUGGCUUCCUUUACUCGACUGAGUUGGCAGAGGAUGCCGCGUCUGUCGGCGAAACAGUGGGUAAUCAUGGAUUUUGGGACCAGAGACUGGCGUUGGAGUGGACCAAGGAUAAUAUUCAUUUAUUUGGUGGAAAUUCCGACAAUAUCACGAUCUCCGGUUACUCUGCGGGUGCCAAUUCUGUCUUUCACCAGCUAGCAUACGACCUCCGCCAACCCGAUUCGCAUGCCAUUGUCCGCCAGGCAUGCAUGUUCUCCAACUCGCCCGCCGUGCAGCCCAAAAGUCCAGCCGAGACACAGAUACAAUUCAAUCAACUCCUCACUGCACUUGGAAUUUCCCUGACUCUUCCCGGAAACGAAAAGCUGGCCCGACUCCGAUCGCUACCAGCUAAAGUUCUGCUCGAAGCAGGGAAGACAAUUGAUGUGCAUCAAUUCAGACCUACAACUGACGCUGGCUUCGUUCUUCCAACACUGUUCGAGUCUCUCGACAAUGGCGAAUUCGCGCGCAGAAUGCUCGCUCGGAACGUCCGACUAAUGAUAGGCGAGUGCCGCGACGAAAGAUAUCUAUACGCUGUUUGGUUCCCACCCAAAGCCAACACAUUAUCUGCAGUCCGGACGCGUCUGAUUGCCGAUUAUCCCGAGAGGAUUGUCGAUGCUGCUCUCCCACUGCAUUUUCCUAAUGGCCAACUACCAUCCGAUUGCAAGGACUGGGUCUCUGACGCCUGGGGCAAGAUUUAUGCCGAUAUGCAGGUCCACCACAUGCAACGUGGCUUCAUCCAUGCGCUCACUUCUAAUACUGGGGGUGUGGAUGCGUCGAGCUUACUAUAUAGAUAUCGCAUCGAGUACCGUGCCAAGUGUAUGGAUAAGGCGAUGCCGAUCGAGUGGGGUGUGACACACUCUUCUGAUUACCCAUUAUGGUUCUGGGGUAACGGAGAUGUUCUUACCUCGACUGAGAGGAAGAACACAUAUGAAGCAUUGGUUGGUCCCUUGAGCCGUUUCGUGCAGGGCCAGACUGCGGCUGGUCAAGAUAGGUUUGGCUGGGGAACUAGCGGGCAAGAGAGCGUGCGAACGUUCAAGCCAGACGGUACGGUGAAAAUUGAAGGUGAUGCAAUGUGGAAGGAGGGAGUUCAUGUGUGGAAGAAGCUUAGACAAGCCGAUCUGUCUAAGCCAAAGCUGUAA